UUUGCUGUUGGAUAUAAUAUGAUAUAGGGAAUAUAUUAUUGGAAACAGAAAAUAAUUUAUGACAUUCGCUCCUGAUAUGACAUCCGGUGUCAAUCCGGUGGUGACAGAAUUAUUUUAGAUGCCGAGUUGAAUUUGCGGAACUUUAUAAGAGCGUGCGACAGUCGUAUUCAUUCCGAGAGGAAAUGAGGCAACUUAGUUACGGUAUAUAAUGGAAACCACCGUAGAUAGUAUUUGGAAUUAGUACCGGUACCGGUACCGUAGUAUAUUAUCUUGAGAUAAAAAGAAAACUUGAAAAUGCAAAAAUCCAUUGGGUUUGAUGGAAUUGGAAAAGCUGAGAUCGGCCCCGAAGGAGGUUCCGUUCAUUUCGAUGAUUGCUUUGUUACAAUUCCACCCGGAGCUUUGAACCAUCCCGUGCACUUUAAACUGAAUCUUCAAACAGAUUCGACACAAUUUUGCCCGGAAGAUUUUGUCGGAAUAACUUCAGUAUUGUGUAGUAGUACACCCAUACGAUCCAAUCUUCCUAUGAAAAUUAGACUAAGAACUUGGUGUCGUACAGAACAAGAGAAUAUUAUCGCGUACGUCGCUUGCAUGGAAGAUGAGGACUCAGACAUAAAAAUACUCGAACAAAAACAACUAAAAACAUCUAGACAAUUUAUGAAAUUAGAAACUCAGCAUUUUUCAAAAUUAUUCGUUUACAUGAAAACACUUUUCAUUGAAAAGGUUGUGUUCCAAGUCCUGCCAGAACUCUACUUCAACAAAAAAGGUAAAUUCAGAUGCAUAUUCUCACUUGAUGAGGAGACAACGAAGAAAGAAGUUUUUCCAGAAAUGAACAGAGCAGAAUACAGCCCAACUCCUCUUUGGUUCGAUCGCUUAACAGUGAAAUGUGGAAACAAAAUUUCUAUUAAGAUCAGUGCAGAGUCACAUGAAACAACACAAAACUACACUUUCACUCCGAUAAAUAAGAAUGGAUUUUCAAUAAGUGAAGAUCUUUGGAAGGGAAAUAGAAAAGUCAUUGAAUUUCAGGUAUCUCCUCUUCCGCAACCGCAGGAACUUCUUGAUGUUCACUUUGAAUUGAAUCAAAAUGGGAAGACUGAGCGUUCGGCUUAUAACAUGUUAUGGCCUGAACUAGAUUUCAUUGAUGAGAUCGACUGACUGAUCAGUGCUCAACUAAGAAAAUCCUGCCUGAUCUCUCUACAGAGGCAAUGAGGAACAAAAAUACUAUUUGAUUCUCUUAUUAUGGAAAUCAAAACCUGCUCUAUCUCCCAUAUGUUUAUAAGAUGUCGCACAACCUGAAAAGUGUAGUGUCACAUCUCUAAAUUAGGGGAUGUUUCAUCCCCUUCAGGUCAAUCACUGGUCUUAUCUAUUGUCGGCAAUGUUGGUUUAUUAACUGCCAAAGUUGUACUUUCCAAUUAUGACCUCAUAAAUUGUAAAAAGAAAUAAAAAUGUUGGGGUUAUGCUGCUUGACAGCCAGCUUUGGUUUCAUGUGGUUAUUAUGAUUGCACUGUUAUUUGUUUGUUUGUUUCGAGAAAUUUACAUAUUAGUUUGCACUAGUGAUUUUUUCAUUUUCUCCCAUGUUCAGUCAUUUUCGUUGCAUUCUGAGCAUAUUUACAUUUUGUUCGCCCUAACGAAUCUUAAUCCCAUCUUUGUGUAUCUAUUGUAUCAUUUUUUUAAAAUAAUGCAUUUGCUACAUUUAUUAUUUGUGAUAAUGAUAGUGUUAAAAUAUAAAUAACAAUAUCUUGUUAA